CAGCAGCCAACUAGGUGAAGGUGGACAAUCCACCAGGGGGAAGGAUGCUUCAAUAGGCCGUCGGGGUCUGUUUCUUCAGUCAACACAUUCCGUUUUUUCAGGCACAGUAAAACCUGCUGGACAUCCUCUGCUCGGCUCUCCCACUGUGUUCUGUCUCAGAUAUAUUGUCGCCCCCCCCCCCCCCCCCUCUCCUUAAUCUCCCAGAUUGUCGGCGACUUGCUGCAGUCGAUGCUGCAGUUCUGAGCCGCUCCUGCACCGGGACAGCUGACUCAAUGAGAAAGACAUGCUCGCAUUCGUUUUGGUCUCUGGGUCGCUCUGGAUUAUUUUAGAGCUGAGUUCCACUCUGAUGGAGAAGAUGCAGGCCCAGGAGAUGAUGAGCGGCCUGAGGAUACCGGAGAUGGACGAUAUCGGCCAGUUCUUCCGCUCCCUGCCAACCUCCACUCUGGUGGGCAUCGGCGCCCUUACUGCUGUGCUGGCGUACUGGCUGGCCACCAGACCCCGCCCCAUCAAGCCACCCUGCAGCCUGCUGCACCAGUCUGAGGAGGUGCCGCAUGAACAAGGAGGUCACAGGUCCAUGAUGGGCGACAGGUCCAAGCUGCUGACUCAUUACCAUGAUGAUGCUAGGACCAUGUAUGAGGUCUUCCAGAGAGGCCUCCACAUAUCUGGUGAUGGACCUUGCUUAGGCUCACGCCUCCCUAACCAGCCUUAUAAAUGGAUGUCCUACAAAGAGGUGACAGCCCGAGCUGAGCAUCUGGGCUCAGGCCUGCUGCACCAAGGCUGCCAGCCCAACCCCAACCAGUUCAUAGGAGUAUUUGCCCAGAACAGGCCAGAGUGGAUCAUCUCAGAGCUAGCUUGCUACACCUACUCCAUGGUGGUGGUUCCCCUUUAUGACACGCUGGGCCCAGAUGCCAUACGGUUCAUCAUCAAUACUGCUGACAUCUCCACGGUCAUAUGUGACAAAGUAGAGAAAGCUGAGGUGCUUCUGGAUAACGUGGAGCGGAAGGAAACUCCGUGCCUGAGAAGAAUCAUCCUGAUGGAUGCCUUUGACUCUGCCCUUGUGGAGCGCGGCAAGGACUGCAGCGUCCAUGUGCAGGCUAUACAGGAAGUCGAGGCUCUGGGCAGAGAGCACUACAGAAAACCCAUACCACCGGCACCAGACGACCUGUCCAUUGUGUGUUUCACCAGUGGAACCACAGGAAACCCAAAGGGAGUCAUGCUGACCCAUGGGAACGUGGUGGCUGAUUUCUCAGGCUUCCUCAAAGUAACAGAUAAAGUCAUUUUCCCCAACCAAGAUGAUUGCCUCAUUUCCUUCCUGCCACUGGCACACAUGUUUGAGAGACUCAUUGAGUCUGUGGUGUACUGCCAUGGAGGACGGAUUGGAUUUUAUCAGGGCGACAUCCGCCUCCUCCCAGAUGACAUGAAGGCCCUGCGGCCAACCAUUUUCCCUGUGGUGCCUCGACUGCUCAACCGCAUGUACGACAAGAUCUUCAGCCAGGCUAACAGUCCGUUGAAGCGUUGGCUGCUCAACUUCGCUGCUAAGAGAAAAGGUGCUGAAGUCAGCAGUGGGAUCAUUCGCAGUGACAGCAUCUGGGACAAAAUCUUCUUCAGUAAGAUUCAGGCCAGCCUGGGUGGAAGGCUGAGGAUGAUUAUAACAGGAGCGGCUCCUACCUCGCCCAGUGUCCUGGGAUUCCUCAGAGCAGCUCUGGGAUGCCAGGUGUAUGAGGCGUAUGGCCAGACAGAGUGUACAGCUGGCUGCACCUUCACCACACCUGGAGACUGGACGCCAGGUCACGUCGGGGCUCCGCUGCCAUGUAACCUCAUUAGACUGGUGGAUGUUCCUGAGAAGAACUACUUUGCCUCUAAGGGAGAGGGAGAGGUUUGUGUGAAGGGACCAAACGUGUUUAAGGGCUACCUCAAAGACCCAGAGAGGACGGCUGAGACACUGGAUGCAGACGGCUGGCUUCACACCGGAGACAUCGGAAAAUGGUUACCUAAUGGCACGCUGAAGAUCAUUGACAGGAAGAAGCAUAUCUUCAAGUUGGCGCAGGGUGAGUACAUCUCCCCCGAGAAGAUCGAGAACAUCUACAUUAGGAGUGAACCUGUGGCACAGCUCUAUGUUCAUGGAGACAGUCUGCAGUCCUGUUUGGUGGGAAUUGUGGUUCCUGACCCUGAAGUCAUGCCUGAAUGGGCCAGGAAGAAAGGCAUCUUAGGUACCUACAAGGACCUCUGUAAAAACACGGAACUAAAGAAGGCAGUCCUUGAAGAUUUGGUGCGUCUGGGCAAGGCCAGUGGCCUCCACUCCUUUGAGCAGGUGAAGAACAUCUACAUCCAUAACGAGAUGUUCUCCAUUGAAAAUGGCCUCCUGACUCCAACGCUAAAGGCAAAGAGACCAGAGCUGAAGGAAUUCUUCAAGGGGAGGAUUGACGAGCUCUACAGCAGCAUUUCCAUGUGAAGGCUGGCAAACCUCAUUUUCCCUUAAGCAUCUUAACACUAAGAUCUGCUUUGACUAUUGGCCUACAGUUGUCAAAGAUGUGACACCUUAGGCUUAACGUGCUUUGGGAAAGCAAGCCAAAUCUGGCUCUACUGUGGAGGAUUGAAAAUGCCUAAAUAAAAACAAAUCAAACAAAGAAAUAAAGUGAAAACAAUGCACAUUGUCAUAUGUAUUCCCUUUUUUACCAAGUCAUAAUUAAAUGAAAACAUUUAUUAAAAAGGAUAGUUAUAUAGCUUUUAGUCUUUAAUAACUGAAAGAAUUGUUUUUCAUUGUGACAUGAAAAUUCAACUAACCCCACCCCCACUCCCCAAAGGACUGGAUAUGACACUACAGGAUGGAUGAGUUUUACAGUGCAUUAUGUUGCUGCUACUGACAGUCAACUGUCGGUCACUUUUUUUUUUCUAAAAAAAAAAAAAAAAAAGGCUAAAAUUUUUGAAAAUUACUGUGACAAGAAACAUACAGUGACUUAUACUGUGUACCUUAAAGUUAUUUAUUUAAUUAGCAAAAAGUUUCCGCAGCAGUGGUAAAGUUACGUAGUGCAAACGUUUUCCACCCUGUCAUCUCACGCCAGCAAUAAUAAGCACACUGUACCAACCUUAAGCUGUGAUUAGACAGUGGGUUGUAUUUCAUUUUAACAUUGGCAAUGUGUUUUCAUUUUUCAAAAAAAAAAAACAAACAAAAACUGAGAACUCAUGACAAUCCUA